AUGGCUGCAUUAAUGAAUAUAAAUACUUCAAAUAAUGUAACUGAAAAUGUUGCUUCAGAUAUUUGUAGAAAUGUAUGGAAGUAUUGUCGUUACUACAAAUUAUCAACGCAAGAGAAUAUGUCAUUGUUAUCACAAGUACCUGAGUUACAACAAAUAAUGUGGUAUGUAUUAGAUGAAGUUGGAUCACAUAUUCAACAUUCGGAUGAGCCUACAGCUCGUAUGGUACCGUUUUACUAUGUACCACGUAAAUUAUGUUACUCUGUGUUUUGGCCCAUUAAGAAUUUGAAAAAAGAUGACAGUAUUACAAUUGAUUAUGUAGAACAUAUAAAAGAUUCGAAACUGCGAUCUUAUUACUUAUUACCUUGGCAACCAAAUGACUUUUCCAAUGAACCUAUUGAACAUACAUAUACUUUAACAGAUGAAUAUUUUAAAUCUCAUCGAGUACAAGAAACGCUGCCAAUAUGUCAAAUCAAUGAACCGAUUAAACGAGAAUGUUAUACUGUUUACACUGAUUUAAAUCAAGUGAAACAAUAUUUAACUCAUACACAAUUUACUUUUGUUGAUUCACCUGAUGAAGCUGAUAUUAUCUGGAUGUAUAUGCAUUUCAAAGAGUUUGAAAAAUUAUCAAUAAAUCGUCCAAAUACGUAUAUUAAUCAAUUUCCUGGUGAAUAUAUUAUCACUGUGAAAGAUUAUCUAGCUAGUUUAGCAGCAAGUGUAGCUAGUGAAACUUAUGUUCAACAAUACAACAGCAAUAAUGAAGACAAUAUUGAUGCGAAACUUUCAACUAAUUGGUAUCCGGUUACAUUUAAUUUAGUGUAUGAACUUCCACAAUUUUGUGCUUAUUUCCAAUCGAAUUAUAAUAAGAUCAUCCGUGAUAGUGAAGAAUCUGAGACAAACGAUAAACAUAAUAUAUGGAUCUUGAAGCCGUGGAAUCUUGGUCGAGGCGUGGGAAUUGUGAUUACUGACAAUUUGGAAAGAAUAAUAAGAACUUGUGAUGUUCAUCCAAUGAUCGCCAGUCGAUAUAUCACAGAUCCUGUUUUAUUUCAGCGUGUUGAUUUAAAUGCUGAUGUAAAAUUUGAUAUACGCUAUGUUGUAUUAUUACGUUCUGUCAAACCACUCAUUUUGUACACGUAUAAAAUAUUUUGGCUUCGAUUUGCAAAUAAACCAUUUAUUUUAGACGAUUUGGAUUCAUAUGAUCGACAUUUUACAGUGAUGAAUUAUCGUGCUGCCGACAAUUUGAAACAAAUACAUUGUGAUGAAUUCGUUGAAUUGUUCAAUGAACAAUAUCCAGAUCAUAAAUGGUCAACUAUCGAACCGAAAAUACAUCAACUUUUGAUUGAAAUUUUCCAAGCAGCUACAAGAUAUCCGUCACCACGUGGACUAAUUCACAAUCUUCAAUCUCGAGCAUUGUAUGCUGUCGAUAUCCUAUUGGAAUGGCGUCCAGAUACAUAUGUUUCACCUAUUAAAAAAAGUGUGCAUCCUGUGGUAUGUGAAGUGAAUUUUUCACCAGAUUGUGAAAGAGCUUGUCGUUAUCAUCCGAACUUCUUCAAUGAUGUAUUUUCGUGUCUAUUCCUAGAUCAACCACCUGAUUCGUGUAAUAUGCAUAAACUGAUAUGAAAUUGUUGAUAUUUAUAAAUUGUAAAUAAAGUAAAACAUUGUUUAUGGGUGAUAAGUGACUGUUAAAUCUGUUCAUAAGAAUGGUGAUUUAUAAUUAUUAAUGGUGUGUGUACGCUAAGCGGAAUUGAGUAGUCACCUUCCUACUAGUCUGAUUUCUAUUUUGUGGACGGUUAACAAUAAAAUUUCAAUAAAUCUGGUACAAUAUAAUUGUUGUUGACAA